CCUUCUCCCCCUCAUCUCACUCUCACAUUGAUCGUCAAAUCAGCAUUCCAUAAACAUUCAAUUCAACUCGGCCGGCUCCGUUGACAAGCUUUGAGAGCUAGUCUCGUAAGUUGUCCUUCUUCUUUGCAAGCAGUUCUACCCCUUCCUCUUGAGUAUUCGAGCGCGAGCUGUCGCUCCACUCCUAGCCUCAAUCAGGUAGAUCUCUCUUCAGAAACCAGUUAUCCCGGCGCCCACCUCCUCUUCGAGGCCCACUGGCCUCGCGUUCUGUUUGCAGUGAGCUUACCACGCCGCUGGCCGGCAAUCUAGUUCUUUAUUUGCAGUAUAUACUUGACGGAUCCUUACGCCAAGUCCGCCGGCAUGAAGGUCUCUGGAGCCCUUCUCACAAAGGCAUUGUUGGUGGUCAGCGUCGCAGGCAGACCUUAUCAGAUCAAGCGCGAUGUGAUCACCGAGGUCACGUUCACUACCGUGACUGUGGCUAAUGUGGUUGUUUACGUCGAUGAGCAAGGCAUUCCGUACCAGACAACUACAGUCGACCAAAUCACCUCUCUCCCGUCUGCCUUCGCCACGAGUGUAGUCGCCGCUCCCGUACUCACAUCAGCUUCUGUAACUACCCAAGGAGCGGCUAGCGUUACCAAGGGCGACCCUCCCGUUGAUCAGGUCACCGCAGAAGUUCCUGUCACGAACAACCCAGAGGCCACAGCGAUUAGCCAACCCACUCAAGAUGUUGUAGCACCAGCCGCACCAGCCUCAUCUCCAGUACAAACCCCAGAACUGGCACCGGCACCUGUACCCCCGGUGCAAUCUUCGCCAUCCCCUGAGAGCCCUCCCCAUGCCCCUGAGGGCCCGCCAGCUCCCCAAUCAGCUCCUUCAGCCUCUCCACAGGCUCAGGUAAACGAGGACAGCUUUCCUCUUGGUGUCACCUACGAUCCAUUCAAACCGGGUGGUUGCAAGACAGAGGAAGAAGUUGCCGCGGAGUGGGACAAGAUGAAAGAUUUUGGCAUUGUCCGCAUAUAUGGAAUGGGCUGUGAUAUUAUUCCGCGUGCCUUCAAACUUGCCACAAAGUACAACCAGAAGCUCAUGGCAGGUAUCUAUAAAACCAACGAUCAAUCAUCCGAGAACAUCGACACAGUUGUUCGAGCCCUCGCCGAUGCGGUCAAGGAAUAUGCCGGCGGGAAUUGGGGUAUCGUCAGCCUCGUAUCAGUAGAGAACGAGAAGAUCAAUGACCGGACUAUGACUGCGUCGGAUGCGAUUGAUUACAUCCGACAAGCCAAAGAUGCCCUGGGUGCAGUUGGAUAUCAUGGGCCGGUGGGUGCAGUGGAGACGGCCCCGGCCGUCAUCGACAACCCAGAAGUAUGCAAGCGGUCCGACCUGACAAUGGUAAACAUACAUGCAUUCUUCGAUGAAAACACCAAGGCCGCAGACGCUGGCGAAUUUGUUCGACGAGAGGUGGAGCGAGUCAAGGAGGCCUGUGGUGGUCAGCGUGUCAUCGUGACGGAGUCAGGCUGGCCUCAUGAUGGGCAAUCCCAUGGCCAGGCCGUUGCAUCCAAGGAGGAUCAAGCAGCAGCAUUGGCCUCGAUCCGGCAGAAUUUCGAUCGGGACCUCUUCAUCCACAAUGCGUUCGACUGCACGUGGAAAGCUGACUCUGCAGCGACGUUUAAUGCCGAGCGGUUUUGGGGCUUCCUUUAGAUGGUGGUCCAUGACGAAGGCAUGCCAUUUGGAGAGGAGGAUACAGUGCUUUGUUUCGAUGGGAACGACACGAUGUGGCGGGGAAAGCGUCUAGGCAAUCGAUUUUGCAGAUGGGCGGGGCGGGAUGAUCUGCAUUCACGGUCGAAUGGGCAUUUUUCGCCAAUAUGAUUCACGAUUCAUGGAACAUGUAGCAUAAUUAGGGCUUUUAUUGCCACGAUAAAAUUU